AUGAAGUUCCACACUGCCUUGAUCAUCAUCAGCGGCCUCGCAGCCGGCGUCCUGGCUGCACCGAUCCAAAGCCCCGCCAGAGGAAGCCUCGAUGCAACCGAGCGCCCGCGGCCCGAGCACGAGCAUUCCACAAGCCACAACGCCGUCUCCAACGCCCUGCCCGCAAGCUACGGAAGCGCCCCGGCCCUCCACGUCCCACUACCCGUCCCCCUCCCGCCGGAACAGGGGGCAGCAGCCCCCUCGGAGCAUCCGCCCCCUCGGGAGAGGCGUCAACUGAUCUCCGGCAGCAUUCCGCUUCCAGAGAUCUCGUUUCCAGAGAUCCCGGGAGUAACCGGUUGA